UUUGUGAGACACUGCUAUAGUGGUCCAGCUCAACAGCCAGCUAGCUAACAACAACACAAGACUCCGGCCAACUAGCGUUGUAAUUAAAUCCAACAUUAAGGGGGCAAACAGCUUCCAUGUGACACGCACCGAUGCAGAUGGACGUCUGGGCUGAACACUGACGAGUGGAAGUGACAGAUUCCUCUUCCUCACCCUCUUGCCCCAAACAUCUGUCACACUGGCAAUGUCAAGAGUCCCGAGUCCCCCUCCCCCUGCGGAAAUGUCCAGCGGGCCUGUGGCCGAGAGCUGGUGCUACACUCAGAUCAAAGUGGUGAAGUUCUCUUACAUGUGGACCAUCAAUAACUUCAGCUUCUGUCGUGAGGAGAUGGGGGAAGUCAUCAAGAGCUCCACCUUCUCUUCUGGGGCCAAUGACAAGCUGAAAUGGUGUUUGCGGGUGAAUCCCAAGGGCCUGGAUGAGGAGAGCAAAGAUUACCUGUCCCUCUACCUGCUGCUGGUCAGCUGUCCAAAAGCCGAGGUGCGUGCCAAGUUCAAGUUCUCUAUCCUCAACGCCAAGGGAGAGGAGACCAAAGCCAUGGAAAGCCAGAGGGCGUAUCGUUUUGUCCAGGGGAAGGAUUGGGGUUUUAAAAAGUUCAUCCGGAGAGAUUUCCUCCUAGAUGAGGCCAACGGCCUUCUACCUGAUGACAAGCUCACGCUCUUCUGUGAGGUGAGUGUGGUGCAGGACUCUGUCAACAUUUCUGGUCAGAACACCAUGAACAUGGUAAAGGUACCCGACUGCCGGCUAGCAGACGAGCUGGGCGGCCUGUGGGAGAACUCACGUUUCACAGACUGCUCCCUGUGUGUGGCUGGCCAGGAGUUUCAAGCACAUAAAGCCAUCCUAGCAGCACGUUCCCCAGUAUUCAGCGCCAUGUUUGAGCACGAGAUGGAAGAGAGCAAAAAGAAUCGUGUGGAGAUCAACGAUGUGGAGCCCGAGGUUUUCAAAGAGAUGAUGUGCUUCAUUUACACAGACAAGGCUCCAAACCUGGACAAAAUGGCAGAUGACUUGCUUGCAGCAGCUGAUAAGUAUGCUCUGGAGAGACUGAAGGUCAUGUGUGAGGACGCGCUGUGCACUAGCCUGUCUGUGGAAAACGCUGCUGAGAUCCUGAUCCUCGCUGACCUGCACAGCGCCGACCAGCUCAAAACGCAGGCCGUCGACUUCAUUAACUACCAUGCUGCAGAGGUGAUGGAGACAGCAGGCUGGAAGUCCAUGGUGGCGUCUCAUCCGCACCUGGUGGCUGAAGCGUAUCGCUCCCUGGCUUCUGCUCAGUGCCCUUUCCUCGGACCCCCACGCAAACGCCUCAAACAGUCCUAACAGUCCCACAGGAAGGCAUCCACACACACUCAUACAAACUCACACCUUUGCACAUACAUGCACUCACAAAAACACACAGAUCCCCCCCCAACCCUCAAACACACAGGGACAACCUUUCCCCCUUGCUGUUACCUACUACACUACCUACAGCCUCUCCCCAAAUCUCCCCCUUCUGCCCCAUCCAGAACCUGCUGUAUUUAGUCUCUUCUAAAGAUGGAGGGAAGGAGGAGGAAGAGAUGGACGAGAGGGAGAAGUGGGAUUGUUAAGUGGAUGUUUUGUUGUUUACAAAGGAAAAAGAAAAACCCACAGCACCCUCUCCUUUCUCCUCGGCUCUGGUUUAGUGAGGUCUCUUUUCCGUGAAUAAAUCCAAAAUCCUUGGUAGUUCCUACUUUGGAAUCUGUUCAGGAGGAAGAACUGGACACAUGAACCCAACAAGAGCCAACCGUUUUUGAAACUUGGAGGCUUGAAGGACUAUUGCAGAUAAGGUCUUUUAAGUGUCUAUUUUAUCACAUGGCUUCUUUUUUUGCUCUGUUCUUAGUGUUUGGAGUAGAGCUGUGAGAGAAGCCCAAAAACUAAAGGACACGUGGGCCUGUGAGGGACUAAAGAAGAUGAAAUGGGCCUUUCAAACUAGAAGACCCCAAGAAAGACAACCAAGGGCUAGUCAAAAAAACAAAAAAGAAGCAGCAAGAGCAGAUAUGGGCCUAAAAUCAUCAAAUUUUCCCAAAGAAAGUGGGGAAAACAUUGCACUAAAUUCACAGGUCACCCCCGUGUCAACCCUUACCAGCAGUAAAGUAGAAAUACUGUAGGCAAGCACACAUUGACGCAAGCUUCUUGGACUAGAGACCCAGCUGGACCACCAAGAACAAGUACCCUUUAAGAAGAUUUAUCAGCAAGUGACAAAAAAAAC